GAGGAAUUUCAAACGGGGAGGGGCGGGGGGCGUAUAUAGAAGGAAGGGGCGGGGCCUUGGCAGGCCUGGUGGCGGCGGCGACAACAGCGGCGGCGAGCGCGGAGUAGCGGCCGGGCAUGCCCGCUGCCCCCCACCGGGCCCCAGACCUGCCCCCCGGUGCCCACCAUGGAGCUGGCGCAAGCGCCCGCAGACCUGGCCCAGCUGCAGGCGGAGGUGGGGCGCCUGGCGGCCGAGCUGCAGGAGGCAACGCAGGAGAAGGUGCAGGCCGCCCAGUACGGGCUGGCGGUGCUGGAGGAGAACGGGGAGCUUAAGCAGCGCUGCGGGGAGCUGGAGGGGCAGUUGGACAGGCUGAGCUCAGAGCUGACCGAGAUGAAGGAGGCCCUGGCUGAGUGUCACAGCAGCCACAAGCGGGCAGCGGUGGCCGGGGAGAACCGGGAGGAGAGCCUGGUGCGCGAGGCUGCGGCCAAGGAGGCCCAGCUGGCCGCCCGCCUCGAGGAGCAGCAGGGGGAGCUGAGGCAGCUGCGGUGCCAGCUGAGCAACGCGGGUGCCGAGAGCGAGCGGCUGAGCGCCGCCCUGCAGGACCUGCGCCAGGAGUGCCAGGCCCUGGACGCAGAGAGGGCCCAGCUGCGGGAGGAGCUGAAGCAGCACAAGAGUCGGGAGCUGCGGCAGCUGCAGGACUGCGCCGAGCUGGAGGAGGAGAACAUCUCCCUGCAGAAGCAGGUGUCCGUGCUCAAGGGCAACCAGGUGGACCGGGAGAAAACCUCCCUGGCGGCUGAUGUGCAGGAGGCCCGGCGGCAGCUGGACAGCGCCAGGGAGGCCUUGACAGAGCAGCAGCAGCGCAACGGCCUCCUCCUGGAGCAGCUCAAGGCCAGGCCGGCGUCCCCGGAGCCCCGGCCCUGGCAGGACCUGGUGGCGCAGCUGGAGGGGCAGCUGCGGGCCUCCCGGAAGCUGGCAGGGGAGCUGCAGGCCCGGCUGGCCCAGGCCCAGGAGGAACUGCUGGGGCUGACGGAGGAACUGGCCACCCUCUACCACCAGGUCUGCGCUUGGCGUGGCCUGACACCGCAGCGGGUGGUGCUGGAUUAUUACCGGGACGGGCGCGGCACCAGGAGGCCGGCGGGCAGGAGGGAGCCAGCGGGCAAGCCCCGUCUCCAGCCGGAGCCAGGGGCAGGGCCCUGCGGGGACCAGUCGCCCCCCGGCUCACCCGGGGAGCCCCUCAACGUCUCCAACCUGGCGGUGGUGCUGCGGGAGCAGCUGGGGCACCUGCAGGGGGCGCUGGUCCUGUGGCGGCAGCAGCCCCCCAGGCAGGGCCCGCCGGCCGCCGAGCUGGAGCGGGACAAGGAGGCGCUGGCUGAGGAGGUGCUGAAGCUCCGCUCCUUGCUCGGCACCAAGCGGGAGCAGAUCGCCACGCUGCGCACCGUGCUCAAGGCCAACAAGCAGACGGCGGAGGCAGCGCUCUCCAACCUGAAGGGGCAGUACGAGGGGGAGAAGGCCCUGGUGUCCGACACCAUGCUCAAGUUGCGCCGUGAGCUGAAGGCCCUGAAGGAGGACGCCACCACCUUCUCCUCCCUGCGCGCCAUGUUUGCCAGCAGGUGUGACCAGUACGUGUCCCAGCUGGACGAGAUGCAGCGGCAGCUCGCGGUGGCGGAGGACGAGAAGAAGACACUGAGCUCCCUGCUGCGCAUGGCCAUCCAGCAGAAGCUGGCGCUCACCCAGCGCCUGGAGAGCCUGGAGAGCCCGGCCCGCGGCACCAGGGCCAGACCCCGCAGCACCAGGAGCACCGCGCACUGACACCGUGGGCGCGGCCUUGCAGAGAAACCCGUGGGAUCGGCGCCAAGCAGAGCCAGCGCCGGGCCCAGCACCGCCCGUGCCUUCAGUGCUGCAAACAGCCAACAGACCCCGACCUCUGCCGCAGCCGCCCCCGCCAGCGCGUGGCCACUGUGCCUUAACCGCUCAGGGCUAGGUAGGGCGUGGCCAGCCGGCCCCCUGUGGGCAGAGCACUGGCCGCUGUCUCUGUCUUGCUGAGUGAAACCUUCUCUUCCUGCCUUCAUGGGGUUGGCUCAGGAUCCCCACACUUACGGAGCAGGGGUCGGGCCUGGUGCUCAGAGCCCCCACCACACACACACUUACGGAGCAGGGGCCGGGCCUGGUGCUCAGAGCCCCCCACCCACACACACACACUUACGGGGCAGGGGCCCGGCCUGGGCCUGGUGCUCAGAGGCAUCUUUGAGGCACUAUCGCCUUUUCACUGCACCGUUUUGCACUUAGAACUGCCGAUCUCAGGGGAGUGGCUAUGGGGGUACACGGGGUGUGGUGGGAUCGGGGGGCUGUGCUGUAUGAACGGCUGUGUGUAUCCCCUGGGCUCAGACAAGUGACCGGGGCCUGUUUACUUUGCCUCCAAUUAAAGGGCUUUGGUCUCCUC